CAGGCCGUAUGCGGAAAUAUUUUGUUGGUAGAAGACGGGUGCAGAAUGCGGUGACCUGGAUCAGACUGGGAUUUAACUCAAAGUAAUGUUCAGCUCCCCUCUCAAUAUGAGACAUCUGUUUAGUAGACUAUUGUUCUUCUCUAUUGUGUUUUGGUCUGAAUUUCAAGAUUGUCAUCCAGCUAAAGCGCCUGUGAUUACAGCUCCUCUAGGGGGAACGGUGACUUUAUCCUGGAAACGUCCACGGUCGGUGAGACAGUAUAUUGUCCGGAAUGCAAAGCGAAAGGAAGAUGUAUUUCAUAUCACCAAGUUUGACAGGGUCAACGUUGUCAAUGCCGGUUACAAAAGCAGAACAUGGAACGCAUCCUCAACUGAAGGCAUGGUCACUGUAGUGUUGCAAGGGGUCAAGUGGACCGACGCAGGACGUUACAAGUGUUUCAGAGGACCGCCACGACGGAGGCCUCGCGAUCUUAUCACCAAAUGUGGGCUGGAACUCGUUGUGAUAGAUAUCCAAGACCCUUACAUUGCGGCCCGAGAUACAUAUGAACUGUCGCAAUACAACGGCAGCGUCAACUUGUCCUGCAUCAUCGUUACCAAUGCAACUUCAUCGUAUCCCGGGGAAGCAUCCUUCAUCUGGAGGAGGAAUGGUUCACAGGUUGACAGGGAGACGGAGCACCACACAUCGGUGCGGGAUGGCGUGUCUGGCAGCCAGCUGAGGGUGGACAUCAGUGUGCUCACUACAGCCUCUGUAGCCAAGGGGGGCAAGGGGUACAGAUACACGUGCCAGGCCCGUGUGGGGCAGGAACACCAGACGGUGCCGAGUGAGGAGUUUGCCCUGGACAUGGACACGUGGCCAGAUGUCUACACCAACUAUGCAAUGCUGGGUGAAGGCGACAAGGCCACGUUGACAUGGACGCUGCCACAGCCGGGGCCCCCAUUCCUCGUGACGUCCCCCAGCGGUACAGCUAUCCUGGAUGUGGACGCUGCUAGCAUCUACCUACGUCCCCCUUACAGGCCCCGGGUGAAGGUUGCCGGAGUCCUUACCGCUGAUGACUUCGUGGCAGUACAGAUAAUAGUCCAUACUGUCAGAGGCUAUGAUGCUGGUCGUUACUCGUGUGAAGCUGGGGGUAAUGUGACUCUCACAGAUUGGGACAACUUCCUGUAUGUCUCACGAAAGCCCAGAGACCCAACGAUUUCCAAUGUCGAUCAAGGAAAAGGCGUGGUGCUAUCAUGUGCCUCUGCUUCACAGACACUUCCACACAAUAACCCGGACAUGUUGUCCUACAGCUGGAGAAGGAACAGCAGUGACAUGGGACUGGAGGUGUUUCACAGCAUAAAUCCGACACUCAACAUCAGCAGCACAACAAAGGAUGGGGAUCACUACUCCUGUCAGGCAGCAGAGCAAGGCCUGGUGUCUCCGUGGAGUGCGGAGUUUGUUCUCAGAAAACCGACAGUUCCGACAAUCACCAGUGCAGGAUCUUACAAGGAAGUCAUCCUGACUUGUGUAUCUUCAUCGCUGAUGUCUCCUGAUGCUUUCCGUGACGUGCUCUCCUACAGAUGGAGGGUAGGCAGCAGUCACCUGGAGAAUGGGAGGAUGCCCAUAGGGGCUGCUGUCAACAUUAGCAGUCAUCCUGAGAGGGGAGAGAUGAACACAGGGGCCACCCUCACGCUAAGCACUGCGACCCAGGGGGACCAGUACACAUGCCAGGCUGUAGAACAAGGCCUGUAUUCAGACUGGAGCGAGGCUUACGUUCUGCACAAACCAACCAUUAAGAGACUGACCCAUGAUGCCAAGUCGAGUAUUGACUCGAAGCCUAAUGACGUCGUCACCUUUACGUGUGAGGUGGACGGCACGCCGCCUUUGUCUGUGUCCCUCAUCAGAAGGUCCAAGGAUGGGGAUACAGUACUGGGCCGCACCACGACUUACACUUCUAGGAUGGUGGCCUUUAACGUCGGGAAGCCCAGCCUGGGAGAAUAUCUCUGCUCAGCGUCUAAUGUAGUCGGGCAUGAUGAUGGAUCUACUUCUAGUUUCUUGAAAUCGAGACUGUAUCGACAGAAUGACGAAAACAUCACCUUGAAGAUGUACACAAGUCAUGCUGUUGGAACGUUCUAUCUCUGGGGGUACCCUGAACCCAGCAAUACAAGGCUGUCCUGUCCAGACGGACAGACUGGCAUUAACAUCUCAGGCAGCCAGAAGUACAAACUCUCAACAUCAAACAUCGAAGAGAACCAGUUCAUGGUUACAUUUACCAUCAACAACGUUGAACAGCGUGAUGAAGGAAUUUACACUAUAUCUUUCGACAAUGGCCAAGGCUCUCUGGACGUCAGCGUUGAACUGUUUGUUCCAGACGGGGAGAAGGUUGUGAUCGUCGCAGCUGUGUCUGUGGUGGUUGUUGGCAUAAUAAUCGUCUCCAUUUUCUGCCUGGCAUUCCGGAAACUGACAGAAUCCAGGAGUGGCGGACUUAACGUUUCCGGGUUAGGGGAAGUAACAAAAGAACCCGGGCCUAUCGUCACUCUUGGCUGCCGAGACCUGCAAGACAAAGACACCUCUCAGGUGCUGCCGCGCUUACCGCCUGAUAUUGGCAUGGAUGCACAGAGGAUGUCCUUCUACCUGCAGAGGCUGCAUGACGGAAACUAUGCAGAUGACGAAAGAACAAGAGCAAGUUUCAUGGCAUCUGUGGAAGCAAGUGAUUUGUUGUAGUUCCCGAGGCCGUCAAAUAUACGUUAUUAUAUUUGAUAUAUCACUCUUGUCGCAAAUUAGGUUCUUCAUGCAGACGCUUUCUUAAGUAUUGCAUCAUCACAUAAAUACUUUAGUACGCCAGCAUAUGGUAAUACAUUGAAGUGGGCCCGUGAAGAUCCCGUAUAGAAUAGGUCUUCAGCAACCCAUGCUUGCCGUAAAAGGCGGCUAUGUUUGUGGCGACUAACGGGAUCGGGUGGUCAGGCUCGCUGACAUGGUUGAUGCAUGUCAUCGUAUCCCAAUUGCGUGGAACGAUGUUCAUGAUCAUGUUGACAAUCGCUGUAUUGUCUGGUCCAGACUCGAUUAUUUACAGAUCGCCGUCAUAUAGCUGGAAUAUUGCUGAGUGGGGCGGUAAACAACAAACAAACAAACAUUGCGGCGUUUUGCGAUACGUUGCCUGAAACAGACCACCGGACAUCGUUGAUCUACAGAUACAGUGUUUAGAAUUGAUCAUGUGUGCUCAACGAAACAGAUUGAAAAUACCAUGUGGAUGUGGUAUCAAUUGUAUGUUAUUGCAGAAAUGAGAAAGUCCGUUUUCGAAUUCAAUCGCAUUAAUAUUUGCUGGUAGAAAUAGCUGACAUUUAACAUAUUUUAACUCGAGAUAAUCGAGAGUAGUAAUUUUCAGCCAUUAAAGUUUUAUAUUCGAAGGCAGAAACAUAACAAAGUAGUGUGUAUUCGCACAUUGUUAGUAUGAACAAUGUAUGAAAAAACAUGUUCAUGUAGAUAGAAAAUAAACGCUUCUUCUUA